CGUAAACAUCAGAUAAUUCGUGCUGUUCGAUUAUCCGUGCAGUACAAUUGUUGCGAAACACGCGAAUUGUUGAUAUUUUUCGUGAGACUACAAUUAAAGAAGUGUUGAAAUAUUACGAAAAUCGCAGUAUAAUGAUACGCGCUACCAACAGGCUCGCUGGAUCGCUCUACUGCGAGGUACGCGCGGGCUCCGUAGUAAACCACCUCUUUCAUCCUGAAUCCCAGACUCAUACCGGCUUUGCGUACCUGCAUGGAGGCGGAAACUCCCAUUUAACGUGCCGCACCAUGCAAAUACGACAAAGUUCUACUGGAAACGGUGUUUCUACGAUUUCGUCGAAAUUUCACGAUGUAGAAUCCAAUGAUGGGUUUCUGAAGCGGUUCAUAAAGAAGAUGGGAUGGAUUGAUAAUUCGUCAGCAAGAUUGCGUGUGUCCAGUUGUUUACUAUACGAAUCCGUCGUCGACAACAUAAACUACGCGGAGUUUUUCAAACACUUCACCAUGCCAGACACAUUCAAUACCUGGUUUUUGAUCACUGAGCUUCACGUGUGGAUGUUGCUUGUUCGUUCCAUGGCAGAAGGCGCUGAGAAGGGAGCUGCUGGACGAUUUUUGCGUAACUGUAUCGUUGAAACAAUGUGGAACGAUGUGACCACACGCGCGAAACAACUGACGAUGGAUAAUCCUUCGGUGGUGCGUCCACAAAUACAGCAACUCUCCGAACAGUUUCAGGCCGCCCUCAUAUCGUACGACGAAGGUAUUAGUUACGACGAUAAAGCUUUAGCGGCAGCGCUGUGGCGUAGAUUUUUGGGUGGACAGUGUGAUGAUUAUGAAAAACUAGAGCUUCUGGUCGGAUAUGUACGCAAACAGGUUUCAAUGCUUGAUCAGCUAAGUCGAUACGAUUUUGCCAUCAAACCAGCAAUCAAAUGGAUUCCGCUAAUAGGAGAAAAUCGACCAACGAAAGCUAUACCACUGAAUGUGUAGAUAAAUGUUCGAAUCUGACUAUCCCACUGCCUAGUGAAAAUGCCGGUUACCAAGCUUCGGAAAAGUAGUUACAUGCGAAAAGGUAUGUGUAUUAUUUAUUAAUUAAACAAUGUUUGAUUUGGGUACACUGUUGAUGGGCCCUGUAUAUUUGAUGAAAUUUAUCUAUUUUGUUGUGAUACAUUUGCAUGAAAUGAGGUAAACAAACAUGAAAUAUGUACAUGCACAUUCACUUCGGCUUUACGCAAAGUUUUGAAAAUUAUUGAGAAUCACAAAAUUCAAUACCAAUUACAAUAGUUGUUAUAGUCAAAACUCAAAUUAUUUUAAUUUGAAAAUGGAAAUAAAAUCGAUCGAUUUUCUUGCUUUA